AUGAAAAGUGAUACGAAUAUUGUCGAUUGGAAAACAUUUGAAAAGGUUCCCUAUUUAUCAUUGGCAAAAAUAUUUGAAAAAAUUGAAUGCACUUCAUCAAGGUUAGAAAUUGUUAAAAUUUUAUCGGAUUUUUUAUUAAAAAUAUUACAAAAAACGCCAACUGAAUUGACGUAUUGUGUUUAUUUAUGUGUUAAUCAACUUGGACCGGCUUAUGAAGGUUUAGAAUUAGGUGUUGCCGAAGGAACUUUGAUAAAAGCACUCGCGCAGGCAACUGGUCGUAAAGUGGAUAAAAUAAAAGAAGAACUUAGUUUAAAAGGCGAUCUUGGAAUAGUUGCACAACAGAGUCGAUGUACGCAACGAAUGCUUUUCACUCCUGCACCCUUAACAAUAAGUGCAGUUUUCAAUAAAUUAACAGAAAUUGCUAAAGCAUCUGGUCAUGCAUCUGUGAAUAAAAAAAUCGAUCUGAUCAAGACGUUGUUGGUGGCUUGUCAAGAUAUUGAAGCGCGGUAUCUCGUUCGUUCUUUGAGUGGCAAACUAAGAAUAGGACUUGCUGAACAAUCAGUUAUUCUAGCUCUCGCAAAUACUUUUACUGAUUUUGAACUUAAUAAGCAAGGCAUAAAAUUAACGGCUGAUAAAAUGAAAGAACGUCAGGCGAGUGAUGCUUUAAUCUUGAAAACUACUUAUUGUGAAUGCCCAAACUUUGAUAAAAUAAUUUCUAUUUUGAUUAAACAUGGAAUAUCUGCACUUCCACAACAUUGCACUCUUACACCUGGUAUUCCUUUAAAACCAAUGUUAGCGCAUCCAGCAAAAGGAGUUGCAGAAAUUAUGAAAAGGUUGGGAUCCACGGAAUUUGCAUGCGAAUAUAAGUAUGAUGGCGAAAGGGCACAGAUUCACUUUGGCCAUUUUGGAAUAAAAAUAUUUAGUCGAAAUCAAGAAGAUAAUACAAGUAAAUAUCCUGAUAUUACAAAUUUGAUUUCGAAAUGCGUCGAUGAAGAAGCCAUUAAUUUUGUGAUAGAUUGUGAAGUAGUUGCUUGGGAUUCUAUGCAUUGCUCUAUUUUGCCUUUUCAAGUACUCUCAACAAGGAAAAGGAAAAAUGCGGCAGAUAAUGAAAUUAAGAUCAGUGUCUGUGUUUUCAUGUUUGAUCUUCUUUAUUGGAAUGGUCGUUCUCUUGUAAAAUUGCCUCUUCGUGAACGAAGAAAAAUGUUACGAACACAUUUUAAGGAAAUUAAAGAUGUAUGUAGUUUUGUAUAUUCCAAAGAUACGGGAGAUCCUGACGAAAUUGCUGAACUUUUAAAUGAAGCUGUAAAAAAUAAUUGUGAGGGUUUGAUGAUCAAGAGUCUCGAUAUUGAUGCAUCAUAUGAAAUCGCAAAAAGAUCGCAUAAUUGGUUAAAGCUAAAGAAAGAUUAUCUCGACGGAAUCGGUGACACCCUGGAUCUUGUUGUUAUUGGCGGUUACUGUGGAACUGGUAAAAGAACUGGAGUUUAUGGAGGCUAUCUCCUUGCUUGCUACGAUCCCGAUUCAGAGGAAUACCAAUCAAUUUGCAAGAUCGGAACAGGUCUUAAAGAAGAUGAUCUCUCAGCGCAAUAUGAAAUGUUUAGCAAAUUUCGUGUUGAUAAGGCUAAAUCGUAUUAUUCUUAUGAUAUUUCAUUAGCACCUGAUCACUGGUUUGAACCAGAAAUCGUAUGGGAAAUAAAAGCUGCGGAUUUAUCAAUAUCACCGAAACACCAUGCUGCAAAAGGCUUUGUUGAUCCAGAAAAAGGCAUAUCUCUUCGAUUUCCCCGUUUUAUUCGUCAUCGUCAGGAUAAGAAACCAGAAGAAGUGACAUCUUCAAAACAGGUGAGUAAAAAGUAUAUUAAGAUUUAUUUAUUUAUUUUGUUUAAAAGAUCAGAAGCAGAAUAA